AUGGACCGUGAAAUGCAUCGGGAACAACUCAUUUCUGUGGUUGAAAAGGUUUUGAAACGGUUAACCGCCCAAGUGAUGACUCCCAAAAAUGUAUCGUCUGUAAUUCGUAAAGCUGUUGGUCGAAAGGCAGACCGAGAUAGGCUGGAAAAUGCGGUGACUAAAACGAACGAAGAGUUCACGAACACUGCAAUCGAAGAAGUCCAAGAGUUGAUCGAUGAACACGAUGUACUCAAUUUAUUAGUUGAAUCUGAUUUGUUAUGUUUAUCAUCAUUGCCGGCGGAAUGUUAUAGAGCUGAUCACGACUAA